AUGAUGCGUAUAUAUCUUUGCCCCAUCUCUCUCUCUCUCUCUCUCUCUCUAUCUAUCUAUCUCUCUCUCUCUCUCUCUCUCUCUCUCUCUCUCUCGCCUAUCCUUUUUGAUUCACUUACACGUUUUUCAUUACGUCUUCUUUUCCCUUGUAAUUUCCCAACUUCAUGUUCUUCUAAAUAUCUUCUUUCACUUUCACUUUCACUUUCUAUAUUCUGUCCUAAAGGGAUAUCUUACUUUUCUUAUGUUAUUCUUCGUUGGUUAAUAACUUCUUUUUCUUUUUGUUUUUUUCUUUCUGGCAUUUUAUCUUCUUUCUUUUUUAGUAUCUUAUUCCUUCUUUUCUCUUUUCUUUUCAUCUAUUUUUCUUUUCUUUUCUUUAUUCUAUUUCAUCAUUUUUCGUUUACAUAUUUCUCUUUCUUUUUUCUUUUUUCUUCACUUUCUUAUUCUUCGUUAUUCUUUCUUUGUCUUUUCUUUCUUUACUCUAUGUUUUCUUUUUCUCUUUCAAUCUUACUUCUUCCUAAUUUUUCUUUGUUUUCGUUUCCUCUUUUUCUCGUUCUUCUUCCCUUUCCUUUUUUUUUUUUGAUUUUUGUUUUCUCAUUUCUUUCUUUCAUAACUUUUUAUUCUUCGUUUCUCUUUUUCAUUCCCUUAAUUUUUGUUCUCUUUUCUUCAUUUUCUUUUUCUUUGUGUUAUUUUCAUUUUCGUCUUAAGUUUCGCUUUAAUUUUCUUCUUUUUUUCUUGUCCGUUUUUUUUUCCAUUUUUUCUUCUUAUUUUCUUUUUGUCUUUUCUUCUUCAUUUUUCUCCAUUUAUCAUAUCUCCUUUUUUAUCCCUCUUUUUCCAUUUCCUAUUUCUUCUUCUUCCUUCUUCUUCAUCAGUUUUCAUUUUCGUUUUAUUUUUCAUUGCUUUCUUUCUUUUUUUCCUUUUUUAUAUACCUUUCUUCUUAUUUUCUUUGCGCUUUUUCCCCUUUAUCAUUUCUUUUUAAUUUCCCUUUCUUCUCUUUCCUUUUAUUUCUCCCUGUGUUUCUUCUUCUUCUUCUUCUUCUUCUUCUUCUUCUUCUUCUUCUUCUUCUUCUUCAUUGUUCUCUUUUCGUCUUUUCUUGUUUCUUUUUUCAUUGUUCCCUUUCCUUUUUCCUUUUUUUCUUUUUGGCGUUUUCCUCUAAUAAUUAUUUUUUCUUUCGUUUUCCUUUUCCACUGUCUUUCUUCGUUUGACAUCUUCACUCAGAAAAGUGGAGAAGUCAAACGAAAAAGGACAAUGAAGAAGUUUCGUUUUCUUUUUUUCUUAUCUUUCCUAAUUGUUCUUUUACGUUCUUUCUUUUCCUUUCGCCUUUUCUUUUCCUUCUUCAUUUUUGUUUUCUUUCUUUCCAACUUCCUUAAAUUUUACUUCGUCUUUUUUCUUCAUUUUCUCCUUCUUUUUCUUCAUGAUUCCUCCCUUUCUAUUUUCUUCAUUCUAGACACUAAUUUUUCUUCUACUCCAUUUUCUUUGUCUCUUUUUCUUCGUCCUGCAUUAUUUUUCUUCAUUUUCUUCUUUUCAUUCCUCUACAUCCCUAUUGCAAUCAGUUCAUAUCUAUCUAUCUAUCUAUCUAUCUAUCUAUCUAUCUAUCUAUCUCACUCUGUCUAUACCUCACUAUCUAAAUCUUUUCAUAUCUAUCUUAUUUAUCUCAGCCAGUGUUUCAUUCUAUUUCUUCUUUUUCUUUCCAUCGCCUUUCUUUUUUUAUUUGUUGUUUUGUCCUUUUCUUUGUCUUAUUUGUUUCUCUUAAUCUUUUUCGUCUUUUGGGGUUUUUUUUUCUCAUCCUUGCCACCCACUUACCAGUUCAGCACUAUUUAA